UGAAGGGUUUAGAGCAGUUAGUGUUAAUUUCCGCUCGUUGCUGGUGGCAGUCUAGAUUAAGUAGCCCUUCGUUUUCCUCCGCCGGCAGCCGUCGUCAUGUCCAACAACAAUGCCAACAACAACUUAAUUAUCGCCCAAAGGGCCGUGAAGCAGCUCCGGUUAGAGGCCAGUAUCCGGAGGAUCAAGGUGUCCCAGGCUGCUGCCGAGCUGAGGAACUUCUGUCUGCAAAAUGCCACCAAGGACCCCCUCCUGUGCGGGGUGCCCUCCAGCGAUAAUCCCUUCAGACCCCCAAAGUCCUGCUCCCUGUUCUGAGCAGAAGGAGAGGUGGAGGAUUUCUUAAUUUACCCAUGGAAGGCUUUCUUCACUUGUCUUCGAUAUCGCUGUCGGUCGACCGGCAGCUCCUCUCGGGACGAUGCAACGCGGGCCUGAUGGUUUCGGGGGAGGGAGCCGCUCCACUUGCCAACUUUAAAUGGUAUCAUAACUCCCAUCUGUUACAAUAACGCAGGGCUAAACUCUACAUGUUUCUCUCAAUAAUGUUGUUGACUCUAACUUGACUAAUGAUUAAGCCAUUCUCGGUUUACAUACUUCACAUGUCCGGUGUCAAUUUCCUGACCUAAUGGUGUCUUUCUCCUGUCGGUGACAUUCAGCCCACGUGAUUGGCUACUGAGAGUGCACUGCAACUUCCUCUUGUAUUUUGUUUGGCAGGUCAAACAUUAAUGUAAACCAGGUGCUGCUCAAGAAUCAGAAAAUGUAUUGUGUGUAUUUACAAAAUAUUAACUGUGCGUGUGGCCAACAGACAAACUGGUAGCUUUUAAGCUAAAUUGAUUGGUGUCUUAAACAAUCUAUGUGUGUGUGGGAACGGUAACGGUAUUACGACUAUUCAAAAAGGUACAGCGAUAUGGUACAGACUACAUCCAUACCAGAGCAAAGCGUGCAGUUGUCCUCUAAUUGUCUUUUUCUGUAUAUAUUUAACAGCUUGUUAGGGUUGAUGUUUGCCUAAAUGUUCCUGUCUUUUAAUAAAAAAGCAUGUCAAGGCCUUAAACUGUUGGAUAGUGAAUCCUGGUAGCAAAUGUAAUGUAUAUCACUUUAGAUACACAAAUGGCCAAACAGCAAAUGUUGAAUAUAUUUAUAUAUAUUUUCUAAACUUCCAAUUAUUGUUUUGUAUUGAAUGAAUCACGACGCAGUGUCUUGUUGCUUUGUUUUCCACACUGGAAAUCAUAUUCCAAUCCACCAAAAUGUGUACUACCGUUAAGCUUUUAUCUUUCUUAACUUUGCUACUUCAGGCAACCUUUUAAAUAAUAAACUACUUUUCUGGAUACCGAUUAA